AUGUCUACCACUGCUGGUCAAGUCAUCAAGUGCAGAGCUGCGGUUGCAUGGGAAGCUGGGAAGCCACUGGUGAUUGAAGAAGUAGAGGUGGCGCCACCGCAGGCCGGUGAAGUUCGUCUCAAGAUACUCUUCACCUCCCUUUGUCACACUGAUGUUUACUUCUGGGAAGCUAAGGGUCAGACUCCACUGUUUCCUCGUAUUUUUGGUCAUGAAGCUGGAGGGAUUGUGGAGAGUGUAGUGGUUCAUGCUGGAUGUGUUGCAAAGAUCAAUCCUGAAGCACCACUUGACAAAGUUUGCAUACUCAGCUGUGGAAUAUGCACUGGCUUUGGUGCUACUGUGAAUGUUGCAAAACCAAAACCUGGCUCUGUAGUUGCGAUCUUUGGACUUGGAGCUGUUGGCCUUGCUGCUGCUGAAGGGGCAAGGGUUUCUGGUGCAUCAAGAAUCAUUGGAGUAGAUUUAGUUUCCAGCCGAUUUGAAUUGGCUAAGAAGUUUGGGGUUACUGAUUUCAUAAACCCAAAAGAUCACGACAAACCUGUGCAAGAAGUAAUUGCUGAAAUGACCAAUGGGGGUGUGGAUCGUGCUGUUGAAUGUACCGGGAGCAUCCAGGCCAUGAUCUCAGCAUUCGAAUGUGUCCAUGAUGGUUGGGGUGUUGCUGUACUUGUUGGAGUUCCAAACAAAGAUGAUGCCUUCAAAACUCAUCCUUUGAAUUUCUUGACUGAGAGGACUCUUAAGGGAACCUUCUACGGAAACUACAAACCUCGCACUGAUCUUCCUAAUGUUGUAGAGAAGUACAUGAAAGGAGAGCUGGAACUGGAGAAAUUCAUUACUCAUACAAUACCAUUUUCGGAGAUUAACAAAGCUUUUGAUUACAUGCUCAAAGGGGAGUCUAUUAGAUGUAUCAUCAAAAUGGAAGAGUAA